AAGCACUUAAACGCAACACAUACUUAACGCGGUAGUGCCACGUCAAGUGCGACGUCACGGUGGGUGCGGUCUGGCGUGUUCCGAGCAAGUGGUGUAAGCGCAAGGCAUCCUCGUCAGAAAUUAAUGAUUUUCAAGCCGAAAGGAACGUUUGUGAGAGAGUUAAUCAAAAGCACGAUUGAUCAUGGACUCCAGCAUCAGCGAGCUCAGCCAGAGGUUGGCUGAGGCCAAGCAGUCUCACCUCCUGCAGUUCUGGGAUGAGCUGAGCCCUGAGGAGCGGAGAGAAUUGACCGUCCAGCUGCAGGGAAUGGACUUCAAAGAGAUCAACGGAUUCUUUAGGAACGCCAUGGAGGUGUCCAGCAGCAGCAAACAGGAGAAGAUGGACGCCCGUAUGGAGCCGGUCCCCCGAGAGGUGCUGGGGAGUGUGACGAGGGACAGGGAGCACCUGGCACACUGGGAACAAGAAGGACUUAACUGCAUCUCCCAGAGCAAAGUUGCGGUGCUGCUGCUGGCUGGAGGCCAGGGGACCAGACUAGGAGUCUCUUACCCCAAGGGCAUGUACGACGUGGGGCUGCCGUCCCACAAAACGCUCUUUCAGAUCCAGGCCGAACGCAUUUUAAAGCUACAACAGCUGGCUGAGCAGAAGCACAACCUCAAGUGCUACAUUCCCUGGUACAUCAUGAUCAGUGGAAGGACCAUGGCGUCCACAAAAGACUUCUUCUCUAAGCAUAAAUACUUUGGCCUGGACAAGGACAACGUCAUCUUCUUCCAGCAGGGCAUGCUUCCAGCCAUGGACUAUGAAGGAAAGAUCAUCCUGGAGAGCAAAGGAAAGCCCUCCAUGGCUCCUGACGGUAACGGCGGUCUUUACAGAGCUCUAGGGAACCAGGGCAUCGUGGACGACAUGGAGCGAAGAGGGAUCCAGUUCAUCCAUGUGUAUUGCGUAGAUAAUAUCCUGGUCAAAGUGGCAGACCCUGCCUUUGUUGGCUUUUGUGUACAGAAAGGAGCGGACUGCGGAGCUAAGGUAGUGGAGAAAACCAAUCCGACAGAGGCAGUGGGUGUGGUCUGCAAGGUGGACGGUCUCUAUCAGGUGGUGGAGUACAGUGAGAUCACUUUGGCCACUGCGGAGAAACGCAGUGAAGAUGGUCGGCUGGUGUUCAACGCAGGAAAUGUGGCAAAUCACUUCUUCACCCUGUCGUUUCUCAGAGACAUAGUACAGAAGUAUGAGCCAAACCUGCAGCACCACGUGGCCCAGAAAAAGAUUCCAUUUGUGAAUGUUCAGGGAGAGGUAAUCCAACCAGACAAACCAAACGGGAUUAAAAUGGAAAAAUUUGUCUUUGACAUCUUCCAGUUUGCCAAGACAUUUGUCGUGUACGAAGUGCUGAGGGAGGACGAGUUUGCGCCGUUGAAGAACGCUGACCGCCAGGAUGGCAAAGACACACCCACCACAGCCCGACAUGCUCUGACGUCGCUCCACCACCGCUGGGUCCUCAAUGCCGGAGGCCACUUCAUCGACGAGAAUGGCAGACGUGUGCCAGCCAUACCCAGAGAUGGAGCAGCAGACAGUGUCAAAGAUGAUGGCAACAGAAACCUGAAGGAUGGAACAGACCUGCCAAUCAAAUGUGAGAUCUCCCCUCUGGUCUCUUACGGAGGAGAGGGCCUUGAAGAGUUGGUGAAGGGACGGGAGUUCCGUCCGACCCUGAUCAUCGACCAGCAGGGGGUGCACGAGUUGGUGAAGAACGGAGUAUAGUGAAAAUGUGAAAAUGGAAAGCAUCUCAAAGAUCUUGGAUUAGUCUCGUUACGUUUACAGAAGCAACCGUUACGUUGUUGUGCAAUACCCAGUGCAUGCAUUCCAGACAAAGAAAAUUCCCAGUCCAAUCAAACGAAGGAACUAAACAAAGUUUAGUUAAAACUGUCCAUCUCCUGUCCUGUUUGUUGACAUCAUCGUCUGUUUUGUUUUUGUUUUUUUUUCUGACAAACACUUGAACCAAGCCUGAAGUAGGACAGAGUUCCUGUCACACGGACUGGAUGAAGCAGAUUUUCAGUGACAUCUUAUUUAUUGUGCUUAUGACACUAAUUUUUUUAUACUUACUAGUAGAUGAUUUAAAGAUUUCAAUCGCAAUUUUUCCAAUUUUCCGUGGUGAUUUUUAUACAUUACUGAACUCAAAUGAUGAUCAAACUGCAGUUUCUUAUCAGCAUGGAAUCAAGGUACUCCAUUAAGGGCUGUGGGGGUGGGGGGUAUUUAUAAGAUUAGCUUCUUCCCUGCUUGUAAUCAUGAAAGAUAAAACAUUCAGCUUUAAGAAUACAACUUUGCUUUUUAUCAUCUUUAUUAAAUAAAGUCACAAAAUGCAACACGUG